AGGUGUGCACGCUAGGGAUCUUUGAAGCUCUGCGUUAGUUUCACUAGGCUUCUGCUCUGCUUCGGGACGAUGAAAUUGAAGGGGCAUCCUGAGAGUGAAGGCGCGGGGUGGCCUCAUGUCAGAUUCCUCCUGGACUUGGCUUCAGAUGAAUAGAUCUGCACUGUGUACAGGCACAGUUGCUGAUAUGUGUUCAAGAUGAGUGGGAUGGGAGAAAACACCUCUGACCCGUCCAGGGCAGAGACAAGAAAACGCAAGGAAUGUACUGACCAGCUUGGACCCAGCCCCAAAAGGAGCACCGAGAAACGUAAUCGUGAGCAGGAAAAUAAGUACAUAGAAGAACUCGCAGAGCUGAUUUUUGCAAAUUUUAAUGAUAUUGACAACUUCAACUUCAAACCUGACAAAUGUGCGAUCUUAAAAGAAACUGUGAAGCAGAUUCGUCAGAUCAAAGAGCAAGAGAAAGCAGCAGCUGCCAACAUAGAUGAAGUGCAGAAGUCAGACGUGUCGUCCACAGGGCAGGGUGUCAUCGACAAGGAUGCGCUGGGGCCUAUGAUGCUUGAGGCCCUCGAUGGCUUCUUUUUUGUGGUGAACCUGGAAGGCAAUGUGGUGUUCGUAUCAGAGAAUGUCACGCAGUAUCUAAGGUAUAACCAGGAAGAGCUGAUGAACAAAAGUGUCUACAGCAUCCUGCAUGUCGGGGACCACACUGAAUUUGUCAAGAACCUGCUGCCAAAGUCCAUAGUGAAUGGGGGAUCAUGGUCUGGCGAACCUCCCAGGCGGAACAGCCAUACCUUCAACUGCCGGAUGCUGGUAAAGCCUUUACCUGAUUCAGAAGAGGAAGGCCAUGAUAACCAGGAAACACAUCAGAAGUAUGAAGCUAUGCAGUGCUUCGCUGUGUCUCAGCCAAAGUCCAUCAAAGAAGAAGGAGAAGAUUUGCAGUCCUGCUUGAUUUGUGUGGCACGAAGAGUCCCCAUGAAGGAAAGACCAGCCCUUCCCUCAUCAGAGAGCUUUACCACCCGCCAGGACCUCCAAGGCAAGAUUACAUCUCUGGACACUAGCACCAUGAGAGCUGCCAUGAAGCCAGGCUGGGAGGAUCUGGUGAGGAGAUGAAUUCAGAAGUUCCACACACAGCAUGAAGGGGAGUCUCUGUCCUAUGCGAAGAGGCAUCACCAUGAAGUUCUGAGACAAGGAUUGGCAUUCAGUCAAAUAUACCGUUUUUCUUUGUCCGAUGGCACUCUUGUUGCUGCACAAACGAAAAGCAAACUCAUCCGUUCUCAGACGACUAACGAGCCUCAGCUUGUAAUAUCCUUACACAUGCUUCACAGAGAGCAGAAUGUAUGUGUAAUGAAUCCGGAUCUGACUGGACAAGCGAUGGGGAAGCCAUUGAAUCCAAUUAGCUCUAGCAGCCCUGCCCAUCAGGCCAUGUGCAGUGGGAACCCAGGUCAGGACAUGACCCUCAGUAGCAAUAUAAAUUUUCCCAUGAAUGGCCCAAAGGAACAAAUGGGCAUGCCUAUGGGCAGGUUUGGUGGUUCUGGGGGCAUGAACCAUGUAUCAAGCAAGCAAACAACUCGGCGGCUUGUGCUGACAUCUGCCCUAUGGGUACCCUCUUCU